AUGGCCAUAUAUUGCAAAAAGGUGAUUAAUGAAGCAAUUUUCCAAGCACAAAUGGGAAAAUUAAACCAGACAUCAAAAAUCGUAACCCAGAUCGAAACAGUCGAAACAGAUAGAACACCAACAACUCCUGAUAUACACACUUUUCAGUAUAAUCAGGAGGUUAGUCGGCCCAGUAAUACUGAACUUUUAAGAUCGACACCAGAAGGACCUACGAAACCCUUACAACGCUUGGGGGGAUUAAAUCCAAUAAUUUGUGGAGUAGACACUUUUCAGUAUGAUCAUGGAAGGUUUAGAUCGUCCAUUGGAACUGAAAUUGCAAGAUCGCUAGGGGAAGCAACCAAUGACCUCUUACAAUCCCUUGGAGAAUAUUAUUCAAGAUACAACGUUGAAGAUAAUAAAUAA